AUGUCAUAUGUUAUUUCUUAUCAUUACAAGUACAUAUACAAAGGAUCCAAUCAGUUGAUAGUUACCAUUCAGAUUGAAGAUGAAAAUAAAUCAGGGCAUAAAAAGAUUGAUGAAAUUAAAGACUACCUUAAU